CUUCCCCUUGGCCUCUCCUUCCCUAAUUCUCUGUUCAUAUCCAAAGCUUCUUCUUUCCUUUGAAGCCUCAAGGAAAUGGCUGCACAAGUGAGCAGUUCAUUAGUAAGAGUCUUGAGUGGACACAUGGAAGAACAGCAACAGAAUAAGAUUCAUACUGGGAAUUCUGAUAUUUUGAUUACCAAAGAUUUGCUGGGAAAUUUAUCAAAAGCUAAAACAGAUCUUGAAUUUAAGGCAACUGGGAAAGAUGGGAAAGGCAAGAAUCCACUGCCGAAUUUCCUACAAGAUUCAAAGCUUCAAGAUUUGAACUUUCCACCCAUCAAUUUAUUCGAAGAAAUGACGACUUCCCUCGACUUAAAGCUCCAAUCUUGUCCGACCCCAAGCUUGUACCAAAGCGUCUGCACGCUCGACAAGGUCAAACACGCUUUGGAAAGAGCAGAAAAAGGAACCGCGAAGAAACGCUCACCUUCCCCAACCCCGCCGCAGCCGGCGGCGCAGACGACAACAUCGUCUUCUUCAUCAAAGCCGAAAAUGUUUGCAGCUGCAUGUCCCGGUUGCUUGCUCUAUGUAAUAGCUUCCAAUACGAAUCCAAGGUGUCCUCGCUGUGAUUCUUUUGUUCCAUCUUCUCCGCCUAUGAAGAAGCCGAGGCUUGACCUCAAUUCAUCAUUUUAGUCACUGCAAAUAAUUCUGGUUCAUGUAAAUUGAAAAUCAUAGGUUGUUUUAAUUUAGCAUUAGGGGGAACCAAUGAUGAAAUCAAUAUAGAUGUUUUGUUAGUUUAA